AUGCCUGCCCAAUUUGAAACAGCAGAUCUAAAGUCUAUAGAAACUACAAACAUAUUGGAAGAAACUUCAUAUGAGACAAAAACAACAGAGAGAACAGCCGUAAAUUCAUUCAAAACAUCAGCAACAGGCAUCUUGAAAUCAUCAUCUGAAAAUUCAGAGGUAAAAACAACUGUCUACAAGUACAUUUGAACCAGUCCUUGUUGACGCUCCUGAAAGAUCCUCAAUUUCAAAAGACAUGAUAACUACACCCACAACCUCUUCUUUGAUAACAACACCUCAAAUUAA